AUGUUCCUGAAAUGGUGGAUGGUUUAUGUUUUUAUUUAUAAGUAAAUGAUUACUACUAAAAAUAUCUUUCUGGAUAAAAUUGUUGUUCUUGACAUGUCAAAAAUAAUAUUUUUUAGAUGCUCAGCUGCAAAUUUUAUUCGCCAGCAUCUGAAUAAUCUAUAUCCCCCAAGACAACCUCAUGAUGGGCCAGUUCCAGUCAAGGUGGGAAUGUACAUUGAAAGUGUAGGUUCUUUCCAAUCAAGUCAAAUGUCAUUCGAUGCUGACUUCUACUUGUAUAUGUCCUGGAAGGAUAGGAAUUUAAGUCACACAUUCCCUCAAUAUCAGAUGAUUACCGAUCUAGAGGUUCUUAGGUCUAUUUGGCAAGUUUUUUUUAUUAUUUUUCUUUAUUGCGCGGAAUAACUGUUGUUGUUUUACUUUAGGAUACCCGAUCUUUAUCUUUCAAACUCCCGCAUCUCCAAUUUUCAUGAUGUUUUGGUUCCAAACUUUAGUAUAUUUAUCGAUGAGAAUGGUCAUCUUGCGUAUUCGGGAAGGCAAGUGACGUAAUGAUUGCGAAUGAUUACAAUUAUUCUCCAUAUUUUUUAGAAUAACUGCCACUGUUGCGUGUAAUUUUGAUCUGGAAACAUAUCCCAUGGACAGACAGUUGUGCAAAUUGAAGAUUGUUAGUUGUAAGAACAAAACUGUAUAUAUUUAUUAUAUAUUAUUUUAGAUGCUUACAUUGCUUCCCAAGUGAACAUCACAUGGUUUGACGAGGAUCCCAUCAGAUACAGUACUCACAUCCAUCUACCCGAGUUCUAUAUCGAAAGCAUCUCCUCUUCCCAAUGUGAUGGCACUUACAGAUACGCAAUUACAGAGGAAAAUUACCGCGAGGCUCCGUUUAGCUGUCUGUCCACAAACAUUUUGCUUAAAAGGAGUGCCGCAUAUCACGUUGUUCAAAGUUAUCUGCCCUCCGCGCUGAUUGUGAUGAUCUCAUGGGUCUCAUUCUGGAUUGGUAAAAGCUUGUCCUUUAUUACCAAUAACUGUAUCAUGAUUUCAGAUCGAAGAGCCGUCCAUGCAAGGAUAACUUUAUGGUUUACCACAUUGUUAUCUCUUUUUACUUUGGUGAGUCGUUCUUCAUUAAAACAAUAUUGUUUUGUAUUCUCAACACCAUGAGGCUUUAAUUGUAGCACAUGGGAGUGAAGAACGGGCUUCCGGAAUCCUCAUCGGUGAGUGCUCUGGAUUGGUGGUUCGGUGUGUGCAUGGUUAUGGUCUUCGGAACUUUGGUAGAGUUGGCCAUGGUGAACACUUAUAUGAGAAAGGCGGAUAAAUUCGAGAGAAUGGCGCAGUCUUUGGCAAGAGAGAAACGUAAGGGCAAUACGUGAUGUUGACUAUAAGCACGAUUUUUAACCCUAUCAAUCUAUUUUUAGUCUCCCGGAAAGAAUCUUGGUCAACGAUCUCCACCAUCAACAGUGAUCACGACGAUACGACCGCCAUUUCUCGACUCACCAUCUCCUAUUACGCGGACAACAAGGACAAUAUGGACGAAGAAGUGGACAGUCCGCGUCUUCAGGAACUCCAGAUUGGCCUAGAAUUUGCGAAACAAGCGUUCCAAGUGGAUAAUAUAAGCCGACUAAUAUUCCCUCUGGUCUUUUCCGGGUUCAAUGGGCUAUACUGGGGAUUCUUCUUGUAUAUACGAGACCGAACAGAAUAUGUUAUACAGCCGUAG